UAAUAACUCGAGAGCUGUGAACGAAGUUGCCAACUUCGGUCGGCUACGGUCGUCAUCCCCAAAUUCAUUGAACCCCGAAAUCAUCAUUUUCUCUGCGAUCGCUAGAGGAUCUCAGGCAGUGAUUAGUGAGGAGUAUUGAAGUUGGCCACAUGGGAAGCUAUGACUGAUUGCAUUUCGACAUUCUCCAUUCAGAAUGCCUGGCUUGCCUUUGCUUGCUCAUGAAACCACGUGCAGGAUUAUUGGUUGCAGCUGCAGCCAGUCUAGAACUACAGAUCAGAUGUGUCGACAGCAAUCUCGGAGUCAAUUGACUGCCGAAGAGGCCCUAGCAGCUGAAGAAAGUCUUACUGUCUAUUGCAAACCAGUUGAACUUUACAAUAUUCUUCAACGACGAGCAAUACGGAAUCCAUCAUUUCUGCAGAGAUGUUUGCAUUACAAGAUACAAGAGAAACAUAAAAGAAGAAUUCAUAUGACCAUAUCUCUUUCUGGGGAGAUGAAUGCAGACAUCGAGAUGCAAAAUAUGUUUCCUCUCUAUGUGAUAUUAGCUAGACCUCUGAUUGAUAUCUCAGUUAAGGAGCAGUCCGCAGUUUAUCGAGUCAAUCAAGCAUUUAUGUUGACUAGUUUCAGUGAACUCGGGAGGAAAGACCGAGCUGAAGCUAGUUUUACCAUUCCAGAGAUGAAUAAGUUGUCAGCUAAUGGACAAGUUGGGCAUCUCACUAUAAUCCUUGUGGGAAAUGGGGAAGCAAGAGGUUCUUGUGAAACUUGUCCAUCAGGGGAGCAUGAUGGACUUGCCUCAUUUCCAUCAAAACUUGUAGGUGAUUGUUUUUGGGGCAGGAUACCAAUUGAAUCACUCCGCUCAUCACUGGAAAAAUGUGUUACUUGGAACUUGGAUCGUAGAGUUGAGAUGAUUACAACAAGUGAUAUGUACCCAACUAUCUUAAAGACCAGUAUUUUGGACAACAACAACUGCUUGGCUUUUGGAAGUCAUAACGUGGAUUCCAAAAGUUCAUUCCAAGUGCAAGUGACUGUCUGUGCACAAGAAGUGGGAGCAAGAGAGAAGUCCCCUUAUGAUUCUUAUUCAUAUGAUAAUGUCCCUGCAUCAUCACUGCCACAUAUUAUCCGAUUGAGAACUGGUAAUGUGCUCUUCAAUUAUAAAUACUACAACAACACUCUGCAGAAGACCGAAGUUACAGAAGAUUUCUCCUGUCCAUUUUGCUUGGUGCAAUGUGCAAGCUUUAAGGGUUUACGAUAUCAUUUAUGCUCAUGUCAUGACUUAUUCAAUUUUGAGUUCUGGGUAUCUGAGGAGUACCAAGCUGUGAAUGUUUCUGUCAGAACUGAUGUGUGGAGAACUGAGGUUGUUCCCGAUGGAUUUGAUCCAAGAUUGCAAACAUUCUUUUACCGCAGCUCAAAGUUUAGGAGGCCUAGAAGAUCAAAAAAUGUUGUACAAAAUGUAAAUCAUGUUCACCCCCAUGUUCUAGAAGUAGAUUCACCGGAAGCUACACAACACUCGGCAGAUUAUCUGCAGGAUGCUGCUAUAUGUUCCUCCCGCAGGCCUGUCAGAUAUCCUAUGAGAACUGAGGUUCCAAAUGGAUUCAGUGAUGGAAGUACCUAUAGAGUAGAGGCAAAAGCCGCAAAAGCAUUAUUCCAUGAAACACAAUUAUAUUCUUCCCGGCAUAAAUCGGAAAGUUAUGGUUCAGAUAACCAUCGUGUAGCUGACUCUACGGAACCUGUGAUGUCCAGUCCUGAUAUUGCAGGAGCUUGCACUGCUACAACUCAUGCUUCUACAAGCAAUGAGUAUGCUCAGCUGGUAUCUGGAAACAAUCUCACACCCCCUACUAUGUUGCAAUUUGCCAAGACCAGGAAAUUAUCUGUUGAACGGGCUGACCCGAGAAACCGUCAACUUUUGCAGAAGCGCCAAUUCUUUCAUUCUCAUAGGGCCCAGCCAAUGGCAUUGGAGCAAGUGUUCUCAGACCGUGACAGUGAAGAUGAAGUUGAUGAUGACAUUGCAGAUUUUGAAGAUAGAAGGAUGCUUGAUGAUUUUGUGGAUGUGACAAAAGAUGAGAAGCAGAUUAUGCAUUUGUGGAAUUCUUUUGUGAGGAAACAAAGGGUGCUGGCUGAUGGUCACAUUCCAUGGGCUUGUGAAGCAUUCUCGCUAUUGCAUGGUCGGGAUCUUGUCCGAGCUCCGGCUUUGAUCUGGUGUUGGAGGCUAUUUAUGGUCAAACUAUGGAAUCAUAGUUUAUUAGAUGCUCGCGCAAUGAACAACUGUAAUAUAAUUCUUGGGAGAUAUCAAAAUGAAAUCUCCGAUCCUAAGCAAGGCAGAGAAUGAAGAUUACUUACCUUCACCAUCGAAGUUUGUCCUCGUGGUGGAUGCAGCCUAACCACUAAUCCCUUACCUCUUUGUAUUUUGGGGUUGGUUGUCGGUGCCAAUUUUUUUUGUUAUUGAAAUGUAGCGGGCUAACAUUGUUUCAUUUAUAGCAUCAUUGUUUUAUAAUAUAGAGGGUAUUCGAUAGGGGGAAGGUGGGGAUCAAUUCAGUUGGGACAUCCCAGUGCAAUGGGGUAUCAUAAUCUAAAGAUGACCUUGCUAUAUAUACAUUAUACUAAAGUAAAGCCACUUGUUCUUUUGCUUU